CCAAGGCUUGCUCCAUGUUGCUUUCUAACAAUUCACAUGUCAGGCAGAGGCUGAUAGUUCUGCACUGCUCAAACUGAAUCCGCAAGUGGUGGUGUAAGUAUUGCACCUCCACUGAUUUUGUAAAUUAUGUAUUAGAGAGGUUAUGUCGACAUACCCAGAGAACUUGCCUCAUUUCCACCAAAGGAAUACUGUGGGCUUGAUUCAGAUUCACUAUUUAUUAAAAGUACUGCUUUUAAAAGUGCAAAUAUAGUUGAAAGAAAACUCUCUCAUGAGAGCUUGGUGCAUACAAAUACACACCUGAGUAACUAACUUGAAUGGAUUGUUGCUGUCUGAACUAGAUUCACAUAAUGACAAAUGCCUUAAUAAAAAGAACUGCUUUGAUACAGCACUUCAUCUUUCUGAAUUUCAAAGCACUGCGAAUUUGAAUAUACACAUGUGUAAAUAACCAUAGAAAUCUACCUGGAAUGUAUAAUAAAUAUUAUUUUUUUCCUAGACAGUGCUUGCAUGUAUUUUCUUUCUGAUGUAACUCCUAGAAAAGAAAGGCUGUUUUGGAAAAUGAAAGAUGUGAAUUAAAAUGGAGAAGAUAUUUCUUCAUGUGUCCAUAAGGUUUUUUUCUUUGAUGUUAUACAAACCUGGAAUGAGGCUGCUACUUCCGACUAUUUCCUUUUGAAUACCAAUAUGAGUAUAAAAUCCAGUUCCCUGAUUUUCUCUCCUUAUAUUCAGAUGAUGGAAAUACAGUUUAUUUUUAUGAAAUAGAGCAUUUUAUUUAUAUGCGUGUGUGAUUUUAUUUUUUCCUUACCACUUUUUUCUUUCUCAGUAGGAAGAUCCUGCCUUUAAAAGGGAAAGAGCACCUCUUCUCUAGAUCCUGUAGAGUGAUUUUGUGGGCUCCAUUUUAAAUUUUAUUGCCUGAGGCAGCUCAUGCUUCUUGAAACCACUUCAACAGUUAUUCUGUUGAACUGUUGGUGGAGGGUAAAUUGAUUAAUCUGAGUUUAAUCCUUUCAACAGCAAUACAAUGGGUUUCACAUUGAGGAAUUUUCAAGGUAUUAAUUAUUUCAGUGACUUCGGUAAGGGCUGGUAAUUCUAAAGUUAGUUUCUACUUCUUUGGGAUUGUGAGUAUGAGAGAGGAAACUCUCUUGAUUCUCAGCUAAUUGCACGGAUGUAGGUUAAUGUAGGAGCUAGAAAGAUCUGGGCCAUGGUUUGUGGCUCACUUUUUUAAGUCUGGGAAUGUCCACUGAGGAAGUAUUUUUCUGUUACUGAAAGUGAUUGGGAGAACAAGGUGCUUGCUUGCUUACAGGGUCAGCAGUUUUGUUCCUGCUUAAAAAAUUGUCCUUAGAUGAGGAAAGUUUUCACCAUUUUUGUCUUGAAUUUCUUUGUUUUUUAGGGAAAGCUAUAAGGAAGCUUGUGCGCAAGGCGACUCUGGUGGCAUCUAGAAUCCUCAGAUUUCCUUGACUGAAUCCAUCUGGGUUUAGCCCUAAAUAUAGUAGACAAGCUGCACUGCUUGCACUGAUAAAUUAUAUCUUCCAAAUGAUAGACCAAGCUGAUAUUAUUUCUACAGUUGAGUUCAACCACACUGGAGAACUGCUGGCUACUGGUGACAAGGGGGGCCGAGUUGUUAUAUUCCAAAGGGAACCUGAGAGUAAAAAUGAGCCUUACAAUCAGGGGGAGUACAAUGUUUACAGCACUUUCCAGAGCCAUGAACCUGAAUUUGAUUAUUUGAAGAGUUUGGAGAUAGAAGAAAAAAUAAACAAGAUCAAGUGGUUACCACAGCAAAAUGCAGCUCACUCACUUCUAUCAACAAAUGAUAAAACAAUCAAAUUGUGGAAAAUUACUGAAAGAGAUAAGAGACCGGAGGGGUACAACUUAAAAGAUGAAGAAGGAAAGCUUAAAGAUCUUUCUACAGUAACAUCACUGCAGGUGCCUGUAUUGAAACCCAUGGAUUUGAUGGUGGAAGUCACUCCCAGGAGAAUCUUUGCUAAUGGUCACACCUAUCAUGUCAACUCAAUAUCUGUCAACAGUGACUGUGAGACGUACAUGUCAGCGGAUGAUCUCAGGAUUAACCUCUGGCAUUUAGCCAUCACAGACAGGAGCUUCAACAUUGUAGAUAUAAAGCCAGCCAAUAUGGAGGACCUGACAGAAGUGAUUACAGCCUCUGAGUUCCAUCCCCACCACUGCAACCUCUUUGUCUACAGCAGCAGCAAAGGAUCCCUGAGACUCUGCGACAUGAGGGCAUCAGCCCUCUGUGACAAACAUUCCAAGCUUUAUGAAGAACCAGAAGACCCCAGUAACAGAUCAUUUUUUUCAGAAAUUAUCUCUUCAGUGUCAGAUGUCAAAUUCAGUCACAGUGGUAGAUACAUGCUUACAAGAGAUUACCUCACUGUCAAGGUUUGGGAUCUGAACAUGGAAACAAAGCCUGUAGAAACGUACCAGGUCCAUGAUUACCUUAGAAGCAAGUUAUGUUCCCUCUAUGAAAAUGACUGCAUCUUUGACAAGUUUGAAUGUGCAUGGAAUGGAUCAGACAGUGUGAUAAUGACAGGUGCAUACAACAACUUCUUCCGAAUGUUUGACCGCAACACCAAGCGGGACGUGACCCUGGAGGCCUCCCGGGAGAGCAGCAAACCACGAGCCAUCCUCAAGCCCCGGAGAGUCUGCGUUGGAGGCAAGAGGAGGAAAGAUGACAUCAGUGUUGACAGUUUGGACUUUACUAAGAAGAUCUUGCAUACAGCAUGGCACCCAACCGAGAACAUCAUUGCUAUAGCUGCGACAAACAAUCUGUACAUAUUUCAGGAUAAAGUGAACUCAGAAAUGCACUAGAUUUAUCAAUAUCCCUCUAUAUUUACAAACCAGCCUCUUGAGAGUUGUAGAAGGAUGUGAUCUUCACAAAAAUUGUGGCUUCUGUGGUGGGAUUUGUAGGUUGCAUCCUUUCAUCCCUCAGCCUGUAUCAUUAUUGGUGGCAAGCCAAUUAUUUUCCAUCACUGCAACUGUACGAGUAAAAGGCACGAGUGCAAAUCCAGUACUGUGGUCUGUAUCAGUUCCUUUAAACAAACAGGGAUAUUUAUUCAGUUUAGGAGUGUUCUUGAGGAGGGCUGAGGCUCCUCAGCCCCUGUCCAUCCUUUCAAGGGUCUCAGUGGUUUGCAGGACUGUGGUGUUCUGGUGCCCUUCCUGCUUUUGCAGUGCACAGCAUUUACCACAUUGUUAGAGCUUUCUGCCUCAGUCUCUUGGUUGUUUUUUUUCCAGUGCUGUUUUCCUGUCUUUCAAUUAGGCUGAGCCUGUUUGAAGGAAUGAAUAGGCACAUCCCUUUAGAGCAUGUGGCACACUGGAGGGACCUCAGGAGAGCUAGAGCUGGAAGCAGAAUCCCUGCUGGUAAAAAGCUGCCCCAUCUCACCCAUCCCAUUCCCUUCUUCACAAUACCCUCUUAUUUAUUUAUUUAUUUAUUUAUCAUAUUAUUUUGUGCUUCACCUUCCCAAGUGACUAAGUAACAGACUGGUAUAGUUACUCAGCCAGCUUAUUAUAAGAAGUUUAUUCUCCAUGGCUCUCUUCGCUCUAUUUAAAACAAUAAGUAGUAUCUUCAUUGUGUGAGGACUAUUACAAAACUUGGCAUUGCAACUCUGGAGGGACUGGCUGGUCAGACACAGCCUGGCAAUUCACACACAAACCCAUGCUACCAUUUGGGGUUGGAGUUCUGGAAACCUUGGCUAGAAGUGCUCUCCUUGAAGGCAGCAACCAACUUGAGUGGGAACAGUGUUACAUCCCUGCUAGGCGCUUGAUAAAGUCCCUUGUUUGUUGUUUGCAGGAUGGUUAUGUUAAUCCUGGCCUUUGGGGAAUACAGGCAAUGCCUGGUGUCUGUAACUGUGAAAGGAGUGGUACUGAGAGAGACAGCACUGCUCAGUGAAUUUUAAUGCUUUGAAAUGAGGCCACUUCUGGGAGACAAAGUUAGUCCUGGAGAAACACGAAAAUUUGAAAAAUCCAAACCUAACAAAACCUUCCUCCACAGAAAUGCUGUUAGAUCUAUCUCUGUUCUGUAAUGAUGAGUGAGAUAAAUGGAAAAGGAAAGUACACACAAAGUAGGGCAUGCAGGAAUGGUACGGGAAUGGUGCAGUGGGCAGGAAGUCCUCUUAAUCCAGGAAAAGAAAGUUCUGCUGCACCCUUAGUAGCUCUGGCAGAAAAUUCCAUACCCCAAAGGAUUCCUACUCUAACCAUGAAUAAAACAGCACAACUCACAUGACCUGUUAAUCUGCCCAUAUUAAAACUCCUCAGAAAAGAAAGUCUUUAAGCCAUUAUGCACUGAUUUCUUGGUAAGUGGAGAAUGUACUGAUGAAGGGAUCUGCAUGCUUUUGUAUUUUGGUUUGGGGGAAGGGUGGGUGAAAAUCUGCGUACAAGAAAUAAAAAAAACAAAAUCUAGAUCUUUUAUAUGACAUCUCAACACCACACCUGAAAUCUGUCUGUUUGAAGUUUUCUAGAUCAAUGCUGUAUAUUUUGUGUGUAGAAGCACAAACACAUGUGCAUCAGUUUCCAGCCACACAAAACACAUACGGUAUGAAAUGUGUAGGGUGAUUUUAAAGGGAACAAAGAAUGUUUGUUUAUAAAAUACUGUAUGCUGCAGCAGGCAUGGACAGUAUAUGUACAUAUUUAUUCUAAGGAAAUUUAACAAAAUUGCUUUUUCCUUUUCUUUUUCCUUGUAAAAAGGUUUAAGAGUGUGGUAAAUUGUAUAGAGAACUUGUUAAUGCCAAACUACUGCUUCAAGGGUGUCAUACAAUUUCUUUGACUUUUGGACCCCUCCAUUAAUCUUUGCAGCUCAAAAAAAAAAAAUUGCUAUCAGCUCAUAUUGGCAUUUACAGCUAGAGAUACUGUAAAACAUAUAUUUAGCUUUGAACAUUCUCAAGUAAGAUUCUAUAGAUAACUUAUUAUAAAGCAGAUCUUAAAGCAACCUUUUUUUUUUUAAAUUUGAAGUACCUUAAUCUGUUACAGCUUUGGGUACCAAAAAGAACGUGUUAAAAUUAAAUAAACAAAUAUAUCUUUGGAGCUUUAUAAAACUAAUUAAAUACCCAACCAAAAUACCAUUAAGUAAUUCUAGAGGAAAUAAAUAGAAACCUUUCAAAGACCAGUAUUCCGUUCCUGUCUUUGACAUCACUGUUGCAGGUCGGUUUCCUGGUUUCUUGAAUGUAUGGAAAGUCAACAUAGUCAUUGUGAACGUUUCCAACGUUUCUUUCUCUUUUUAGUUUGAGCUUUCAGUGGUGUAGAGUAAGUGAUGGUAAAGUUGGUAAAUCUGAUUGUUUUGAAAGCUGUUGUUCAUGGCUGCAUUUUUUGUGUUGCACAAAUUAGCUAACUGUUGUUGAAUAAAAUUAUAAAUAUGUUAAUACCAGCUUUUUCAAUAAAACUACAACCAAAAAAAGGCAUAAAUA